AUGUCACUAUCGCCGGGGUACACACCACCACCACCUGGACACUCGCCGCAAACACUGAUGUACGUGCCGUCGUCGGCGACUCAAGCACCAUCGCUUGCCCAUGAUCCUACUCGCAUGACCACGCUCGAGGGCAACAUCACAACUCUUCAAAACACGGUUGACCUAAUGGCCGCUAAUAUAGCCGAGAUGAUGGCCUUGCUCAAGGGGCCAAAUUGCGCGUCUUCGAGCUCCAUCCCGCCUCUCGCACGCGGGCCAACUGUCGACCCCGCUCCUUGGGUCCCGCCAACCCAUGCAUCAGAGGGCGACAUAGCAGCCGCCCCUGCGCCAGCAAUUAUCCCAGUGCCCGCUCCUCAUCCGAAGCACGGGCCGGCAAUUCACCCGGUCGACUUCGGCCAUCCUCAGUCCACCAUUCCAGCAACCGUCUCACUUCCGCCCAUGACGAUUCCUGCACCAAAUCCGAUCAUGUUCGCACCACCUCCCGUGUCUGUGCCAGCUCCAGCUACCGUUUAUACUGCUCCUCCGCCGAUGGGCUUCCCGGCAUCGAGCACCCCUGUUCCUACUCACACAACUGAGCAUUUCCCUUACCAAGCUUCACAACCCCAUAUUAGCCUCCCCUACUAA